UAUGUACUCAUAAAUAUAAACACGUUCAAUUUUCACAACAUACACAACUGUUUUCUGGACGCCCUGAAAGGAAGUGGAAGUGCAAUAUAGCAGUAAGCAGCGGUCGACAAAUUCAAACAAAUAAUCAUGAGUGAGGAGUUUAAUCCAGUGACCCGCAAAAAAUGGAUUUCAUACAACAGUCUAUCGAAGAAGAGCAAUAAACCGAAGACUCCAGAAAAGACAUUGGAAAAGGCUGAUCCCCCGGUUGAUGUGGAUAAGUUUCUGAUGAGACUAGAUGUUUUGCGCGACCGAAUGGAAGAAUGUGAAUAUUUCACCGAGGCGAUGGCCACUCUUAAGGAAUCAUUCCUUAAACUGCAGUAUGGAGAAGUUAUAGGAACUAAAAUUGUACCAAAUCGUUUGGUAUGUUUUGGUUUGGGCCAAUUCACCCGAAACUAUCAGGCUCUGCAUCAAUUGGCCUUUGUCUUGUGCACUCUGGAGUUUUUGGACAUAGACGAGGCCAUCUUUUUUGAUCCAGCCUUUAGCAAAAGUGAAAUAGAGGCACUCGAGAAACUUAGCUGUAAGGUAAUGAAAGAGAAUUGCGAAGGCAAAUUUAAAGCCGAUGUGUAUACAAUCUUCUAUAUGCCCCACUGUCCUAAUUGUCUAACAAAUAACCUACUUUGGAAAAAUUGGAGUCCGGAACUAUUGAAACACGUCAUACUUAUCAACAACAGUUUCGAAAGUUUGUCAUGUUCCAAGCCGGAUCGUCUGUUGCGAUUAGAUGCCAACUACAUAAUGGACAUUAUGUAUGAUGGUGGCGUUGAGAUGCCUCUUGAAGAUGAUUAUACCGUACAAAAUGUUUUCAAUGAUUUGUCCGUGCAUGUAUUUCCGCCCAGUCAUUUGAGUAAGAAACCGGAAUUUUGGGCCAACAAACAGGAGCCCAAGUACAAUGAAACCGACACAGGCGACAUGAUAUCCGCAGAGGAGUUUGCCAAGUUGAGUAUAGCCUAGGGCCAUUAAGGACAUCUUAGGACAAAGAAAAAACGAUCCAGAAAUUUAUCAGUAACCCAUACAUUACUUAACAUAACCAAAUUAAAUCUAAGAUGAUACUCAGUUGUUUUAGUCAUAUUGAAGUUGAUUAUGCGUACAUACAUACAUACAAACAUAUGCUUUAUGCUCAAAAAGAUACGAAUCGAACGAAAAAAAACUACGUUUUUGUUUAAGAAAUAAAAAAUAAGUUGACCCUUUAAAAGAAAAAAAAACCAAGAACAAUUCCAAGAAUGAA